AGACGAACACUCUGCAGCACUGUAGCUGCCUAUUUUCUCCUACCUCCUCUUACAACCUUUUCUGUCGUUCCCUCUUUCCUGUCUGUCUUCUUCAUUCGGCUGGAUUUGGGACCUCUUCUUGCACAGCUCCAGUGGGGGUUUUUCUUGUGGGGAAGAAAGAUGAGCGCCUCCAAGUUCAUCAAGUGCGUCACUGUUGGGGAUGGAGCUGUGGGCAAGACUUGCAUGCUCAUUUGCUACACCAGCAACAGGUUCCCUAGUGAUUACAUACCCACAGUGUUUGAUAACUUCAGUGCAAAUGUGGCUGUGGAUGGGAACGUUGUGAACUUGGGAUUGUGGGAUACUGCAGGUCAGGAAGAUUAUAGCCGGUUGAGACCGUUGAGCUACAGAGGAGCAGAUGUCUUCGUGUUGGCUUUUUCACUAAUUAGUAGAGCAAGCUAUGAAAAUGUUCUAAAGAAGGUAUGGAUGCCUGAGCUAAGAAGAUUCGCACCAAAUGUUCCUGUUGUUCUUGUGGGAACAAAACUCGAUCUUCGCGAUGACAGAGGAUAUGUAGCUGAUAACAUGGGAUAUAAUUUUAUUACAACUGCUCAGGGUGAAGAGCUCCGGAGGCAAAUUGGCGCCGCGGCUUAUAUUGAGUGCAGCUCUAAGACUCAACAGAAUGUCAAAGCAGUCUUCGACACUGCAAUCAAGGUGGUGCUUCAGCCUCCUCGGAGGAAGGAAGUGACAAGAACUGAAAGCCGCAGGAGGUCGGGCUCUGUGAUAGCGAGUAUUAUGUGUGGAGGCUGUGUUGCAUAAUGUGUUCCUAGAGGAGGUCAACGUCCUACAAAUGCUUUUUGGGGGCUGCUGAGGAGGUCGGAUUCUUAGAGGUUCAACCUCAGCAUAUUUAAGUACAUGCGCCAACUGUGUUUCUUUAUAGCUGCACCCUUUGCUGUAGGCCUCAGCUCGAAGCAUCAAUCUUAUUUGAAUCUUGGAGGUCACUGUUGAUUCUUCAUGUGCCUUGGCUUCCAACUGCUGUUCCUAGUGUAAUCUCAAUUAGCAAAGUGUCUGAAAAUAUAUCCUGGAAUUCUGAUCCACUGAUAACUAUUAGAUCUAUUGUGUUUUGGUUCUUCCAA